UACACACUCACGGCUGCACGCUCUCCUGCGGGGCCAUGGCCAUCUUGCCGGUAGAUACCCUGUUGGACAUUUCAUCGUCACUGGAUGCGACAACAAACAUUAGGACACAACAAAUAACUGCAAACAACCAGGCAACUGUCCUCGCACAACAUCCCACUUCGCAACUCGCACGAUGGCCACCGAGUCCCGGCGGAUCGCCCUUGCCGACCCGCACCACCUCGCCCCGCCUCGUUUCCUCGUCGGCGGCCAGCUCGCACACAUGCUCUCCGGCGAUGUCAAGCUCUACGAGUGGGACCGCGACAACGGGAAAAUGUCCAUGCUCGGCCUCCAGACAGAGAUUGGCCAGAUCAAAGCACUCGCCUGGUCGCCGUCUCCGGCCCACAGACAUCUGGUCGCAACGGGUCUGUCCACCGGCAAGACACUCCUCCUCAACCUCUCACCAUCCACCUUGUCCCUCCCCGUCGCCAACCCGCCCCCUUCGCCUCCCGUUAUUGCUGCCCUAACAGUCAAGCAUACAAGGGCAGUGUCGAGUAUAUCCUUUUCCCCCCACGACGCCAACUAUCUCGCCACAGGUCUUGAACGACAUCGAUCCGAUUCGAGCUUGUUGAUCUGGGAUAUCCACGAUGCCGUCGCUGCUUCCCGCUUACCACCAGACGGAGACGUACACUACACCCGGCCCGAACUUCGACUCCCGAUAACCACACCGCUUGCCAAGACAUCUUCCGCUUCUGAACCGAGGCCAAUACAGGCAUACUGCCCGUCGGAACAAGUCAACUCUGUCGCCUUUAUCCCUACUGCUCCUUACUCCCUGCUGUCUUCUGCGGGCAACAAGGUCAUUAGGCUAUACGAUCUUCGUGCGCCGUCAAAUACUUUGAAAGAACCCAAUUCUGCAGGUUCCCUCGCGCAAUGGUCUACACGUACCGUCAUGUCACUCUGUCCCAACCCGUCCUCUACCCUUUUCGCAUCGUACGAAUCAAUCCAAGGAGGCAAUAGUACAGUGAGACUGUGGGAUACAAGAUACCCAGGCCAAGAAAUUGUUGGGUGGGAAGUGAGAGGUGGGGUAGUGGGUAUGAGCUGGGUGGAUAGUAUGAGAUUAGGUGUAGGCAGUAAAGAGGGCGGUGUGGGCGUUUGGGAUAUCGUUCGAUGUAAACCCGAUCAGUCUGGGGCUAGCGAAUGGGUUACAUUGGGCGGUAUGCGUCAGAUUAUCAAGCCCAAACCAAACAUGCAUUCAUUCGCAUUCACACCGCCAACCCCGCCCAAGCACAUCGAUGUCAUGUACGUCCUCAAAGACAGUACGAUAUCCAUCGGUCCCGUCUCCACCGCCCCUGUGCUGGCUUCCAAUUCUCAUGGGGGCCUUUCCAUCUCUGAACCUACAUUGUACUUUAUCGAUCCUGAUAUCCCUCUAAGAUCGUCAUCGUCAUCGACAUCUCCCACUGCCCACGGUUUUGUCCAAGGGUCAGGGUUGGGGUUAGAAAUCGGCCAAGGAGAUCGGGCGGCAGAAGGAGAGGCAGGGGCAGGGGUUGAAGCCAUUUACCCUCGAAACAAGUUCCAACUCCCUCCCGACCAAGUGUCCACCAUCCUCAACGAACAUUCCCGUCUCCGUUCCUCCUCCUUUGGAGCUGUAUCCACCAUCCACCCUGCCUCCUCGCCUCUUCACUCCCAUACCAAUCCCCAUGGCCAUGGCCGUCCCCAUGUCCCACCCUCCGCGCCUACAAGACAUCUCCCCUCCGGCUCGGGCCCCAACGUAGCUAUACACCAUAUCCCAGAUAUGUUGACCCAGUCGUUCUUAUCCAGAGAUAGGUGGCAUGAAGAAGAUCCAACAGGGGUGAUUAACGAUCGUGAUGAGAUUACGGGUGGGUAUGAAGGGUGGAGAAGGGUGUUGGGUGGGGAUGUGGGGGUGGUGAUGCGGAGAAGGGCGAUGGAAGGGUACGGUUUGGAUAACUUGUUAUUGAACGCGGCGAUAGCGACAAAGUAUCGUGGAAAAUUCAAACUUGCCGGUGUCUGGGAAUUCGUCGAACACCUAACCAAAACCAUGUCCCCCUCCGUCUCCUCUUCCGGUGGGUACAACCUCACUCAUCAAGGGAUUUACCCCAUCUGGACAUCCCUCGGUACACUCGACGCUGCAUCCGCUUCUGGCGGACCCAUUUCUGCCGCUUUGAACGCUGAUGAAGACGGACCCGGUGGGGAAGGCGGCGGUUUAGUCAGCGAGCUGGAAGAGAGAUUGAGACGCAUGAAUAUCAAGGGGAGUGGUGGUAGUACAGGAAGGGGAAGCAGGUCGGCCUCUGUAUCUCGAAAAGGUAGUGGUACCCAUACCCCUCGCGAACGCAAGAUUUCGGAACGUACAUCCCACACCCACACCAACACCCACUCCCACUCCCAUGCCCACACAUCAUCGACCUACCCGCAAGGUCCCCCCUCUUACCUCCCCGCCAUCUCCCACCUCCUCUCCUCCCGUCUAUCUUUUCCCGAUAAAGCCAUCCACCCAUCGGAACUGAGACCG